AUGACUAUAGAGAUUCCUCUUAUAUUGUCAAGCACAAUUCCAUUAUUUUGGAAGUCCGGAUUAGCACAGCUUUCAUUUGCAAAAACAGGAGGCUCUUUAGCAGCUGCAAAAGGAACUUCCCUUUUGUUAAGCAAAGUAGCAUCAACUGGUAAAGGGGGGCUUUUAGCUUCAACAUCCUCACAACUUGAUAACAUAAAAGAAGCCGCCCAAAAAUUAGUAGAGGAAAUUGAAAAAAAUAUUAACUUAAGUUUAUUAUUUUAUAAUAUAGAAGAUGAAGAAACAGCUGGAUACUAUUUAAUGACAAUGAGAGAACAAAAUGAAGAAGCCUUAUAA